UCUGGCGCGAUCUGGCUCGAUAUAACGAGCUACAGGUAAUUGUCAGAGUACGAAAAUGGCGGUGGAACGGGGCGAGGCGGAGGAGGAGCAGCAGCAGCAGGCGGCGCAAUCGCCGUGGGACUGCGGGAGCCCGCUGUACGACGCCUUCGAGCUCGCGUCGGUGUACAGCCUCAUCGACACCCACCUCAUGGCGCUGCCGUACCCGCGGCGGGCGUCUCCACCACGCGCGCGGGGCACGGGCGACGUGGCGGCCCUGGCGGAGCGCGCCGCGGUGGCCGUGGCGAAGGCGAAGGGGCGGGGCCGGCGCCGGAGGACGGUGGCGAAGGCCGCGAGGAAUUCCGGCAAGGCGGUGUUGCACUCCAUCUUCAGGUCCGUCGCCACCUGCGGCGGCCGGAAGCUGUGAGGCGGAAACCGAUGGCGCGUCGUGUUCGCGCGUGCUGCCUGCACCUGCCACGGCCCGCGCACGCGCAGCUAGGAGAGUACCUUCGUGUCGCGCUCCCGUCAGGCGGCAGCA